ACGAUCUUAUGUCAUGUGACUGCCGAAUAAGUCAGGUGAUCGGUUGUUGAUCUUUUCAAAAUGAUGGACAAGAAUGGCUAGGAAUGAAGAGAAACAGUACGGGAGGCUAAAUCGGUUGUGGAUUCAAAAGGAGAAAGAAGAGGGCCGUAUCAAAGAUGUCCACACUAGACCAAAACUUCCAACACUCAACUCUGCCGCUGCUGUGAAAAAGUGGAUGCCAAGCAUCAAGGAUGAAAUAGAAUACUAUUUACAGCAAUCCCAGCUGUCCCACUAUCCGGAGAGAAAGAUUGCAGAGUUCAAGCUCCACAUCGAGGCGCUAGAGAGGGAGUACAAACGCUUCCUCAACAAACUCCGUGCCCUCAACCCCUCCGAUAAGCACCAUCCCUGGAAACCCAGAGCCUACGCCAAACGCAGACAGGACUUUCCUGAUACUCCUGAUGAAAAAAGAUUGUGCACUCCGGACCUUGCAGUCUCAACCAAUCAGGCAGACAUUGCACAGGAGGACCAGAGUUGCAGUGCAGGAGUCCAGCAACUAUCUGAGCCCAGCGCCACUGUAGACCUACCCAACCAGGACCAGCCUCUGGCUUUUGACCGGACGAGACUGUCAGUGGCCGUGGCCGGGUACCGGGGCCCACUAGCAGGCCCGCAGCAAACUGAGAGGCUGUCUGAGGUGCUAUUUUCCGGCCUGCCUAACCUCCACGGCUCCCUACAGGCUCAGGCUAGAGCAGCUCAGAGCGGCUCAAAGGAGGAGACGGAGAAGACCCUCAGCUCUGAGUCUGGCCCACACAGCACGUCUGAUGUGCUGGGACUUGGCUGCUACUCAUCCUCCGAUGAAGAUUUGUAGCUGUCCGUUACGCCUUCAAUGACAAGAGGAACAUUAAUUCAGUGUGCUCUAGAACUCAGUGCUCAAAUGGACUAGCCUUUAGGUGUUCAUUGAUUUGCAUUGGUGUGUCCUUUUCUUCCUGAAUUACGUUAGUGGUUGUUUUCUCUCCGGGUUGAAAUUUCAUAUUGGGGAAGAAGUAAAUAAAGCAGUACUGAUGCCAACAUGGA